CUUCAGUGAUAGUCCGUAGAACUCGUUCAGGACCAAAGCAAAAGGCAAUGACUGCAGCAGAAAGACCACAGUCGACCGGAGAGGCAUCUAAACCAACCGAGAGCUCAGACGACCCACCAGUUGUGCCAUUGAGCAAGCUUAACAAGGUCGCAGAUUUGGCGUCAGCAAAUGCGUCCGAAGAAGACAAGAUUGCUGCGAUGAUGAAUCAAGCUGGAGAAGACUGGGAUCCAUCAUCCUAUGCAAAAGCAAAAGGUCGACAUUUUAAUCCAGCUGCCCGUCAACCUCCACCGCCACACUAUAUGUGCUUUCGAUGUCGCAAACCUGGACACUGGAUUCAAAACUGUCCCAAGAAUAACGAUCCAAAUUAUGACCUAAAGAUACGACGAACAACUGGAAUCCCUAAGAGCUUUCUUCGUCCCGCGGAAAAGCCUGGUCAGAAAGGAGCUUUGUUGGUGCCUGAAACUGGAGAACAUGGUGUACCGAUUGUUGACCACAUUGCGUACGAACAAGCGGCGUUAAAGAAACGACCGGCGGCCAUUACCAGUCAAGCAGAAAACGAGAAACCCGUUCCACCCGAGUAUUUCUGUCCAUUGUGUAAGAAUAUUAUGAAGAAUGCAGUUGUUGUUCCUUGUUGUGGGGAGAGCUUCUGCGAUAACUGUAUAGAGAAAUAUUUAUUAGAAAACGAUCACGUGUGUUUUUCAUGUCACUCGGAAGAAGUAUUUCCUGCCUCCAUUGUUGUCAACAAGCAUCUAAGACAGGCAAUUAUUAAGAUCCAGUCUUCAGGAUUUGAGGCGGGAGGAUUGGGUACAACCAUGUCUUUAACAAAUGGACACAGAGAUGAAGAGCAGGGAAAAUCAACGCCUGUUACAGCUCCCAAUGCAGAAGCUUCCGCUGUGCGUGUGUUGGAUGAAACCAAGAAGGCUGCUUCGGGCACUUCUACACCUCCGACAGUUUCGCAGCUCACAGUAACUGUAGCUAAAGUCACUUCUGCCCCAGUCACAAUGUUACCGCCUGGAGUGGUUCCACCUACUCAAGCUACGAUGAUUGAUCCGCGCUUGCAAAGGUCUGAAGGCAUUCUCCCAUCCAUGGCAGUCCCCUUGCAUGUAGCUACACCUCUUCAUCGACCAACCUUCGUAGUGCCUGCUCCUUCCUUCCAUCAUACAUCGCUGGUACAUCCAACGGUUCCUGCUAUUCCAACACCGUUCGGUCACCAUAUCGCUCAUUCAGCCAUGUUGCCCCCAACCAGACAUCCUUUUGCUAAUCUUAAUGCUGGCAUGAUGAAUGAAGAGGAGUUCUAUCGUGCAAAGCAAAAACUACAAGAAAGACGAAAACGACGUAAAGAUGGUGGCGAUAGAAAAAGUCGAACGAAGAGGGAUCGCAGCCCGCGAAGUCCAAGAGAUCGACGUGGUUCACUGGGCUCACGGCGAUCACCUUUUGACCGAAAGCGGUCACCUUCUUGGUCUUCAUCUAGAUCUAGCUCACGUUCGUCGAGGUCGCAAUCAUGGUCGAAAUCUCCGUCGCGUUCUUAUAGUUGCUCAAAAUCGCGCACACCAAUAAACUGGGAGCGGUCACGUUCUCCGUCGCUCGAACGAAAACACGGUAGACAUGAGGACGACAGAAAACGACGUCAUGCACACGAUUCCAGGAAACAAACUAAACAUGAUCAGUCUCAUAUUUCUGAGAAAGCUGUUGUGAAGUCGAAAGACAAAUCAAGGAUUUCCAAUCCUGACACGAUGAAAAACAAAUCGCAAAAGUCAUUAAAGAAAACAACCGAAUCUUCUCGCAAAGAAGCAGUUAAAAAGCGGAAAGUUUCACGCUAUGAAGAAGAUCAUAAAGAUCUGAAACGUAAAAAGCGCAAACACAAAAGGAAACAUCGCAAACAUAAGCAUAAGAAGAAGUCAAAGAGAAAAACAAGAAGGCCUGAAACAAGUGACGAGUCAGAAGAUGAUUCCGAUCGAGAAUGCGAUUAUAGUGACAGUGAAAAGAAUGAAGAUGAUUCAUUUAAAUUAUUUUCUGCAUUUUCUCUGCCAUCGUACGUAUCACAAGGAACCUUGUAUUAA